GUUGUUGAAAUGAAAGAGAGGGAGACUUGAGUAGAACACUUGGUACGGUAAGCAUGGCAAGUUAGCGAUAUCAUAGCAUGGUUUAAGACCAUGCAUUGGUCGGAUCGAUAUAUUCAACUGGGCAUUGCUUUUAGUUGUUAGCUAAUGAGACGGAGGAUUUAUAAAAAUCUAACUGAGCGAUUUACUCAAGCCAACUGGUCGUGUUGCACACUACAUUCCUUUGACUUCGGUUCCAACUGUCUGAUUAUCUUCAUAUAACACUUGUGUCAUUUGUGAUUGUUGUUAUUAAUAAAUUCGAGUGCGUUGUAUUUGCUUACUUAGACACUGGAUCAGUUUGUUUCGUUGUUUUCUCUUAGAUUCACACGAGCACGCUGCUGUGUACACCUUAACAUAGCGUCAGACCGCAUAUAAACCUACCGGGAGCUCUGGGUUACUCGUGAUGUCCAAUAUAUACCAUCCAUACAGAGUCCUUGGCUUAUGUUCCUCAGAUGUACCUUUUGUUGUAAAAUAUAUACCAAACUCAAGUGCAUAUUAUGCUGUAGUUCCCACAGGAGAACGGUUUAAUAUAUAUAAACUUCCAAGACUGACUCUCAUUGGAACAAGCGAUCCUCUUGAAUCCCCAAUUAAGUGUUUCACUUCUUGUGGUAACGUUCUAGUUGCUGCUUCUGGAGAAACAAUUUAUAUUUUUCGUAAUUCUCGUUAUCUGCUACAAAGGCUUCAGCACCAUACAAAUAUAAUCACCCAUUUGUGCUCUCUAGAGGAUUCGUUUCUGGUUUCAGUUGAUGAAGGCGGUCUAACUCAAGUAUGGAACAGUAAAUCUUGGGAAAUUGUGUCUCACAUAAAAUUCUCGACAAAGGCUUUCUGUGUUACAUCACUGAUUAAUCCCAUUAAUUACAAGAAUAAAGUGCUUUUUGGAAGCUAUCAAGGUUCGUUGCAAUUGUGGGACGUCGUAUCUAAAAAGUUAAUCUACUGGUUCAAAGGAUUUGAUUCUGCUGUGACGUGCCUACAGCAAGCCCCAGCGUUUAACGUCUGUGCUAUCGGUCUUGCUGAUGGACGCGUCGUCAUUCACAACCUGAAAUAUGAUAUUACAUUAAUGACCUUUGCUCAAGAUGGUGGAGCGAUUACAUCUAUUGGCUUUAGAAGCGGUUCACAUGGUUUGCAAAAUCCUUCAAAUGUUGAUGAAAACAGUAGGAUCACUUUGCUACCUGAUGACAAUGAUGAUGUUUAUUUAAUUACUGGUUGUGAGACAGGAUAUAUCAACUGUUGGAAACUUCAAAACAAUGGAAAAAGUAGAUCAGUUGGCGAAGCUCGCAACUUACAUUGGGGUAGUGUAAUAACUAUAUAUUGCAUUCCUGGAGGUGAUGGUGCCAAUGCAAUAGUAACGUCUGGAACAGAUAAUUGUAUAAAGGUUUCUUAUUUCGAUCGAUCCGACGGUAGUCCGCGUACAGUAUAUCGUCGAAUAGGUCAUUCGCGACCUCCGAAUCGCAUAUUAUUUUGGCCAGGAUGUUCGGCGGGUGGUGGGUUGUUACUUAGCGCUGGAAAAGAUGGUGUACUUCGUAUAUUUUCAACGUUCAAUGAAAAUAUGAAUAAAAGCCUCGGUUGCGCAUAUGCUCCUGGAGUUCCGGAUCGCCGGAAAACUACUCGUCAACAGAGAUCACCGUGGUUACUACCGGACGUGGUCCACAUGGCUGCAUGUUCUACACGUGCUGAGGCGUGGGAUUGCGUGGUUGCAAUUCAUAGCGGGAAACGGCAAGUAACCAGCUGGAAUUUCGCGAAAGCUACUCGAGGCCAACACUGGUUUGAUCCACUAAAAUUUCAUGGAUGCUAUGGGGAAGCAAAUCGGUUGUACAAGAACAUAGUUGCUACGUGUGCAUACUUGACAAGUUGUGGUAACUAUGCUCUCAUUGGUUAUUCAAAUGGAGAUGUCUUCAAGUUUAAUAUGCAGUCUGGUUUGGAGCGCGGUUCAUAUGGCUCACCUACCGCACAUUUCUGCUCUAUUGUCGGAUUAGCUGUCAAUAAUGUAAACCGAGUUACCAUAACUGUUGGUGAGAGUGAAAUUCGUUUCUGGUCUUUUCACGAGCACAAGUUACAUGGACAACUUGACUUACCAUCAACCUCUUUGUUGGUCAGAUUUCAUGCUGAUAGUGAUGUUCUAGCUGUCGCUUUGUCGAAUGCGGCUAUCACUUUGGUUGACAUUGUACAUCGAAAGGUUAUUCGAACGUUCAUCAAUUCAGAAGUCCAACUUUGUGUUGAUAUGGACAUUUCAUUUGACGGCCGAUGGUUAGUUUCUGCCCAUCACGGAGAUCCCUUGGUGAAAACAUGGGAUAUAGUAGAUAGUAAACUGAUAGACUGCUUUCGUGUAGAAAUUCCUAUCACUUCAAUCGCUUUAUCCAGAGCAAAUGAAUUCCUAUGUACAACUCAUGCAAACUGUCUUGGUAUCUAUCUUUGGGAUAACCGUACAACUUACAAACAUUUACACCUCCAGCCUUUACCUAUUGAUUUUGUUCCAUCUGAAAAUCAGUCUCCAGUAUCAUUACCAACUAGAAUAUUAAUGACUCGAAAUACGUGUGAUGUAAUUGAGCUUGAUAUAAAUACAGAUAUCAGAAAGUAUAUGGAUUUUGAGUACAUGGAUGACUUAUCAUCUGGAAAGUGUGGAGAACACAUUUAUAUAUCUCCUGAACAAAUUCAUUGCCACCUUUUAACACUCUCUGGAAUCCCAUCAUCAUUUUUUGCAUCAUUACUGAAUUUGGAUUUUAUUCGACAACGUAAUCGUCAAGCUGGGAAACUUUUAAAUAACAAUACUACUACUCAUGCAGUUGCAGAAAAUCUCAUAAAUCUACCAUUCUUUUUGCCAGUUGUUGAGACCAAUCAAGGCUUACUAUCGGCUGAUGAUGAUUUUGGUAAUGGACUAUCAACUAAACAACAAUUGAUUAAUAAAACAAGUAAUCGUAAACGACGUGGAUUGUUGGAUAAAGAUUUCGAACACGCUAUUGAACCCAUACCAGGCUUAUCUAUGAGACUUAUUCGAGCGAAAUCAAAUGAUGAAUUCGAUCAGAUUUCUCAUGACUUAAAAUCAGUUGGAACAACUGUACUAGAUUUGGAAAUUCGUCUACUUGUUCCAUCAGCUGAAGAGGAAAUGGCUUGUUUAAAUCCUAAACGAACAAAAGCAUUCUAUGAUCAUGUGACCAAUCCUUACUUAAAACUGCAUGGAUUUCUCCGAUAUAUAAUUAAUCGGUUUCAAUCGAAUCGAGAUUUCGAUCUUGCUUGCGCUUGUUUGGAAAUUUUGUUGCAACAGCAUAGUCAUAUUUUAUUCCGACAUUGUCAUAUACAGAACAAUUUGUUUAAUCAAAAACCGGACGAAAUAAAUGAAAAGUAUCUACAGAUAGUGAUAAAAGAUCAAAUGGAAUAUGAUUCGAUAUCCCCUUAUUUCGUUACAUUAAUUUUAAUUAACCAAGCAAUAAAGACUAAAAGAAAAGCACAAUCGAACUUAACACAUUGUAUUACUCAAUCUUUAUGUUUAGUUGAUUUCAUUCGUAAUCCUGUGACUGCAUUGCAGUUAUAAAUAAUGAUUAGUAUAUUGCUUUUUUUUCUCAUGUUCAUGUACGUGAAUUUCUUUCGAAACAGAAGCGGUAAUGAUAACGUAAUAAAGAAAAAAUCCGGAAAGCCGUUUUAUUUAUUUACUAAAAUGCGUAUAGAUUUGGUGGUGAACUUAAGUUUUAUUUGGAAAUGUAACCAGAAGCAGUGAAUAAUAAUUUAUUUAUUCCUCGUUGACGUUUAUAAUUGCAUGUUUAUUCUAUCGCGAAUAGGUAGGGUUACCUUUGGUGGAGAUGCAGUUAGGUUUAAACCUAGCCAAUUUUUUAUUGAAUGCCUUAGUUUUGUGUAAUUUAGUCUAUUACGCAAGUAAAUAAAACAGUUUUUCUUUGCUAGAUUCAACAAUAUGUUUCUACAAAAACAUUUCAAUGAAUAUACGAAGUAAACAAAGAGAAACCAUUUCCGUAAUUUUACAACUAAUUAACUAAUAGCUUCCGUAGUUUGUCAAGGCUUCUUUCUCUGUCCACAUAAUCUCGCACAGUGUUCUGAGUCGCUGAACUUCCUAUUUAGAAACUGUCUAAGAAGAUUCCCCACGUUAUGUCCUAGUGAAGAUUAAACUUCGGGUAACUUCUGAGAACUAUAAAUGGACUAAUAUUUAUAUUUAUUCUUAGUGUAUAACUGUUCAGUAACUAUAUUGUGUAUAUCUAUAUUCCUCUUAUUGUAAGCUUCGUUUUGACCUAUAGAUUCUUAUUAUACAAAUUGCUAUCCUUUAAUUAUACUCAGUUUAUUAAUUAUUGUCUCCCACGUUCACAACCACAUUCUGACUUGAUCUUGUGUAAAUGUUACUUCCUAUUUCAUAGUGUGAUGCGAUCUGUAUGGCUUGUAUAUAAACCAAAUAUGAUUGAAAUAAAUGAUUCGCAUAGUGUA